AUGGCCGCUGUCAGCACAACCGCCAAAAUUCCAUCGCCGCUGAAUUUAUCCGACCGUUUGCACCAAGGAGAGAAUUGGAAACUGUUUCGUCGAGAAUGGAAAUUUUAUGAAUUAGCAGCUGGCAUUCAUAAAAGUCGGAAGAAGUUCGCGUUGCCUCUUUAUUAAAUUUCGUUCGAAAGGAAGGAAUGCACAUGUAUGAAACCUUUCAAUGGGACAAUCCGUCUCACGCCUUGAAAAUCGACAAGAUACUGGAAAAGUUUGAAGAACGCUGUGUUCCUGCUCGAAAUGAAACGUACGAAAGGUAUGUUUUCUUCAAACGUGAUCAGUUGCCAAGCGAGUCCCUUGACAGCUACCUAACUGCAUUAAUGAAAUUGUCUGAGUCUUGUGGUUUUGGAACGCUCCGUGAAUCGCUCGUUCGCGACCGAUUAGUUCUGGGAGUGAAAGAUGACAGGGUUCGUGAAAAGCUCCUUGGAAAGCGUGAUCUCGAUUUGGAUAAGGCAAUUAAAACGAUCAAAGCAAGUCAAGUUACUCAUUCACGAGCAUCGGAAAUUGCGGGUGAAAUAUCAAGUCAAGAAGAUGUUAGUGCUGUGAAACACAAGUCUAGAGCACAAGAGAAAGGAAAGCCUCGCAAGAGUUCGACUCGGAACCCAUCGUCUAACAGUAAGUCUAAAGAGUGCCUAUUUUGUGGCCUAUUUUGUGGUCGGACAGAAAUGCAAAAACUGUGGCAAAGUUGGUCAUUUUGCAGUCAAAUGUCGCAGUGGUAA